AUGGCAAAACGUAUUCGUCUCCUUUUUCCCUCCAAAUUCCCAAACCACAAAAACUCCCAGAACUUACCUCAUACUUCUCAUUGCAAAUUGCUCUGCUCCUCCUCAUCGCCGAUUCAUUUACAGAAUGAAACAUCUGACGCUUCCUCCAUCCCAAAUGAAGCCGUUGGUGCUGCAAAUCAAACCCUCCGAGAACCCCUCCGGCAGCUUCACAAUUUACUGCAACAGAAUUAUACAGAGACUGCAAAGAAGCAGCUUAAAGCCAUCAUGGAUUCGAGUAAUGCUUCUGAACUCUACAGGAUUUUCUCCGAAUCAUCUGAUUCUACCGGACCUGUUCUUUCCGACAUGCUGUUAGCCCUUAAUGCUGAUUCAAAUCGCCUCGAGGAGGCCACAGAACUCUAUGAUUCAAUGAGAAAAGAUGGUAAGUUUCCUUCCAUGUUCGCUUUCAAUCAAUUUCUUGAAUUGCUGGUUACUUCGAAACAGUACAAUAAGACCCUUGAGGUGUUUUCUGAUGCUGUAAAUUCGGGCAUGCGGGUUGAUAAGUUCAGUUAUGGCAAGGCUGUACAGUCGGCUGUAAAACUGGGGAAUUUACGGAUGGCUUUGGAUGAAUUUCGCAGUAUGAGAAAAUUUGGGUUGAAACCAAAUAGGUUUGUGUACAAUGUUUUGAUUGGUGGUUUAUGUAAAGAGAGGCGAGUUUUGGAAGCUAGGAAGCUGUUCGAUGAAAUGAUUAAGCGAAGAGUGUCUCCAGAUCUGGUUACGUACAAUUCUCUCAUUGAUGGUUAUUGUAAAUCAGGGGAUUUAGAACUGGCCUUUAAUAUGCGGGACACGAUGAAAGAUGAUAAUUUGACACCUAAUAUUAUCACAUACAAUACCCUACUGUCUGGUCUUUGUAAGGCAGGAAGGGUGGAUGAUGCUAAAAGGAUAUUGGAAGAAAUGGAGAUUCAUGGGUUAACGCCGGAUGGUUUCACAUAUAGCAUACUUUUUGAUGGGCUUUCUCGAUGUAAUAAUCUGGGCGCUUCUCUGGCUUUGUUUGACGAAGCCAUGCGGAGAGGGGUAAAGUUGAAUGACUAUACCUAUAGCAUCUUGUUAAAUGUGUUGUGCAGGGAAGGAAAAAUGGUGGCUGCUGAGGAUUUACUAAAUAAGUUGAAGGAAAAUGGGAUUCUUCCAACAGUGGUGAUGUUUAACACCUUGUUAAAUGGGUACUGCCAGGAAGGGAAUGUCUUUAAGGCACUGACAACAAUAGACAAAAUGGAAAAAGUUGGGGUUAAGCCUAAUUGCAUCACGUUCAAUACAGUUAUCAAUAUGUAUUGUGAGCUAUCCAAAAUGGAUGAUGUGAAUGAAUGGAUUAAGAAGAUGAGAGAGAUGGGAGUUGUUCCUGAUUUGCAAACGUAUAACAUCUUGAUUAAGGGCUACGGGAAAGUUUGUCAAUUUGAUAAGUGUUUUGAGCUUUUUCAAGAAAUGGAGAAGCAGGGAGUAGAUCCUAAUCUUGUAAGUUAUGGUUCUUUGAUAAAUUGCCUAUGUAUUGAUGACAAGUUUCUUGAAGCUGAAUUAGUAUUGCGGGAUAUGAGUGCUAGGGGAGUUUUACCCAAUGCACAAAUUUAUAAUGUUAUCAUAGACGGCUGUUGCACAAGAGGUAGAAUGGAAGAUGCAUUUAGGUGGUUUCAUGAAAUGAUAGAAAGUGAAGUAGCCCCAACCCUUGUGACAUACAACACACUCAUCCUUGGGCUUUGCAGGAAACGUCAGGUAAUGGAUGCUGAAGCCAUGGUUGCGCAGAUCAUAGACAGGGGUCUAAAACCCGACGCGAUCACAUAUAAUUCUUUGAUAGCUGGGUAUAGCAGCACAGGUGAUCCUGGUAAGUGCCUAGAGCUAUAUGAGAAGAUGAAAGCAUCCGGUGUCAAACCCACACUAAGCACAUAUCAUCCCAUUAUGACUCUUUGCAUAAACAAAGAACUGGGGCUGCAGGAAAUCGAGAAAAUGGUUCAAGAAAUGUUCAUCCUGAACCUAAGUCCUGAUCGUAUUAUAUAUAAUGAUCUUAUUCACUGUUAUGUAGAGCAUGGAGAGUUCCAGAAAGCAUACUCUUUGUUUCAUGAAAUGGUAGAAAGUGGGAUUCCGCUCAAUCGGAUGACCUACAAUGGCCUGAUUUUGGGAUGUGUUAAGGAAAGCAAACUUGAUGAAGCCGAGCACCACUUUAAGGACAUGAUUUCCCGUGGAUUGGUUCCGAACUUUGAUACGUAUAACAUGAUGAUCGAGGGACACUGCAAGGUGAAGGAUUUUUUACGUGGUUACAAAUGGUACAGGCAAAUGUAUGAGAAUAAUCUAUACCCAACCAUCACGAUAUGUAACGAGCUACUCUCUGGCCUCAGGCAGGAAGGAAGAUCAGAAGAGGUCCAGAAACUUUGUUCUGAGAUGAAGUGUAAAGGAUUGGGUGAGGAGGGCUGCAUCAACGAUGACGGUUCUCCGGUUUGCCUUGCAGAAUUAGCCAAGUAG